UCGAUGAAAACCAGGUGGUCUAUUGUGAAUUAGUUUAUUUAGGUGUACGAUCUCAAUAUAGUAAACAUAAAUAUAAAUUAAUUGCAAUCAAAAGGCGUUUCCAAACACUAUGACAGCAGAAACCGCGGAACCUAUCACCGCCGGUGGCAACAACUACUCAUCUAAUGAUGCAUCCGCCCUAAAUACAAAUACAAAUCCCACUGCAAAAUCUCACUCGAAUGAGCAACACAGAGACAUAGAAGAUAUUUUCGCUUUUCUGAGCUUCAAUAAUCAAAUUAUAUUUAAAUCUCAACAAAUUGAUGACCCAGAACUUCAACGCGAUGAAAAAGUGCAGAUUGCGAGAGAUAUUUACAAUAAAAGCCCACAGAUAUUUCUAAUGCGCUUUGGCAGCUAUUUGGAAGAGCAUCAUCUGGCGACAGUCGCGCAAAUAGCUGUUACUAAUUUAGAAAAUAGCGAUGAAAUGCAGCUGCUACUUACAGACUAUCGAAAUAAGCUAAAUACACGAAAGCGCGAUGUGAAGAAUCGGCGUUACGCAGCCAUGCAAAAACUUAUAGUGGACGGUGAAUAUUUCAGUGAACAGGAAAUGAUGAAACGGGCGCCGGAAUUGUAUCAGGAGCUGAUAGGACAAUAUUUAAGUGAUGCGGAAAAGAAACACCGAGACGAAUAUGAUGUUAAAAAUACAACGUUCUCGGGAAUAUUAAUGCAUACAAUAGAGCAACAGCAACUGCAGGAUGUGCUCAAGUUGGCUGACAAACAGAAUGUUAAAAGUCGACAGCUGGAACGUGAAAUCGAAAGAGAGAAUUAUACUGGGGAUGAAACAACGCAAAGCACAAGAAGUAGUGAGGAAGAAACAAUGGAAGACGAAAAACGUGCCUCAGUGGAGGAUGAUGUGCCCGCUGGCUUCCGUCAACAAUGGGGAAAUUUCGAUAAUGAACAAGUGGCUUGCUCCACCAGCCAUCAAGCAAAAAAACGCACCAAAGAAAAAGCAAAACCGAAUCAAUUAGUAAAACUUGAUAGAAAACAAAAUUCGAAUGCUUUCAUAACAGCGGGGGAACGUGAGCUAUUGCGACAGGAAUUCAUUGGAAUUAUGCAUGAACAGUUUCUCAGUGGCUUGGAUCCAGACUUUGAUUAUACACAAGUCGACGACAACACACAAUUAGACGAUCUCAGCCAAUUGAAUCAGGAUAAAGAAGAUGCAUAUUUUGAAGCGAGUGACUACUCGAGUGAAGAGGAGGUGGUAAUUAAAAGGGAAGAAGAAGAGCAUUUCAAUGAAGAUGAAUCGGAGGACGAACUUGAUGUAUUCAUGAAUCAUUUGAACAGACAUCAUAGCUUGCAGCAGUAGUUUUUGUUUUUAAGUUAAGCUAUAUGUGUAAGAGUUUUACACUGAAGAUAAAUAAAUAUAAACGGUUGUUAAUAUA